AUGACUACGCCGAUACCCUCCCCGCCGGCCCUGCCCCUCCUCGGGCACAUCACCCAAAUAGACAAGGAGGUCCCGCUUCGCUCGUUCGAGCUGCUCGCGGACCAGUACGGCGAGAUAUAUCAGCUGAACCUAAUCACGAGACAGUCGAUCAUCAUCUCGUCGUAUGAUCUGAUGAACGAGGUGUCCAACGACAAGCGGUUCAGCAAGGCCGUCGUCGGAGGCCUCGUUGAGACCCGUAAGGGACUGGGUGAUGGUCUCUUCACGGCUUAUCCCGGGGAGGAGAACUGGGGCGUUGCGCACCGCCUGCUAAUGCCUGCAUUCAGCACGGCGAAGGUGCGCGAUAUGUUCGACGACAUGGUCGACAUCGCCGAGCAGAUGGUCCAAAAAUGGGAGAGGUUUGGCCCCCUCCAUGUCGUCGACGCAGUCGAGGACUUCACGCGGCUUGCAUUCGACACAAUUGCUCUUUGUGCGAUGUCCUACCGCCUCAACAACUUCUAUAUGGAGCAAUCACAUCCCUUCGUGCAAGCGAUGGGCGACUUCCUGCUUGAGAGCGGGCUGCGAGCGAACCGGCCUCCCAUCAUGAAUACUCUCAUGAGAGGUAGCAGCGCGAAGUUCGAGGCGGACCUCAACACGAUGAACGAGCUUGUCGAUGAACUCAUCCAGUACCGCAAGUCACAUCCCACGGAGAAGCAGGACCUGCUCAACAUCAUGUUAAACGGCGUCGAUAACAAGACUGGCAAGGGUCUUUCAGAUGAGAACAUCCGAUUCAACCUGCUUACCUUCCUCGUCGCGGGCCAUGAGACGACUUCUGGACUAUUAACAUUCACACUCUAUUACCUGUGUAAGAACCCUGAGGCCAUGCGUAGAGUUCGGGAGGAGGUCGACGAGGUCCUUGGCGAAGGGCCUAUCCGGGUAGAAGACAUAAGCAAACUGAAAUACAUAUCCGCGUGUUUGCGAGAGACGCUUCGUCUCAGCCCUCCUGCUGCUAUGCGUGCUGUGGAGGCUCUCGAAGACGCUACCCUCAGCGGGGGCAAGUACUUUAUCCCUAAGGGUUCCAGGAUCGGAAUUCUUACGGCGAAGGCUCAGUGUGACCCCAAGGUUUGGGGAGAAGACGCUCGCGAGUAUAAGCCUGAGAGAAUGUAUGGCGAGAAUUUUGAGAAGAUCCCUCAAAACUCUUGGCAACCCUUCGGCUAUGGCAUGCGCGCCUGCAUUGGUAGACCCUUCGCAUGGCAAGAAGCGCACAUUGCCCUUGCCAUGGUCAUUCAGAAAUUCGACAUAGCCAUGGAUGAUCCCUCAUACACGCUCGAGAUCAAGCAACAGCUCACUGUGAAGCCGAAAGGGUUCUACUGCCACGCCAUACCCCGCAACCGCUCUUCCUCCCCGAUCGCCGUGGCACCCACAUCGACUCUUGUUGGCCUACCGCAGGUGUCGCAGGCCUCGUCGAAAGAAACUGAGCCGAAGGUCGAGCCGAAGCAUAAGCUGUACGUCGCGUACGGGUCGAACACGGGCACGUCGCAGACGUUCGCUCAGAGGAUCGCCAGUGAGGCGCCUCGUCGUGGCUUCAAGGCCUCGCUGGGCACGCUGGACUCUAUCACCGAUCACGUCCCCACUGACGGCCCACUUGUCAUCUGCACCGCUUCGUUCGAAGGCGAGCCCGCCGACAACGCUACACACUUCUUCGAGUGGGUCCAAAGCCUCAAGGGCAGCGAGUUCGAUGGUGUCAAAUACGCUGUCUUCGGCUGCGGUAAUAGGGACUGGGUGCGGACUUAUCAACGCAUCCCGAAGGCAAUCGACGCCAUCCUCGAACAGCGCGGUGGCAAGCGUCUACAGGAGCGAGGAAUCGGUGAUGCGCAGGCAGCCGAGUUCUUCGAGGUGUUCGACGACUGGGAAGCGAAGCUUUGGAACGCUCUUGCGACUGAAUACAACCUCCAGGUCGCUGAGGACGCGGCGCUCGUCAGCAGCAUUUCCAUCCAAACGAUCGAUGUCGGCACGACUCGGGCGUCGAUUCUCCGCCAAUCUGAUGCCGAUCUUGGUAAGGUAACCGAGAACCGCCUCUUGACCAGCCCGAAUGCCCCAGCGAAGAGGCAUAUUGAGUUCGAGUUGCCAGAGCACAUGACGUACCGUGCGGGAGACUACCUAGCCAUUCUGCCCACCAAUCCACAGAGAGACGUGCACAGGGUUACGGCGAGGUUCGGCUUCUCUCCGGAGCAGCAGAUUGUCUUAGGGUCCUCUGGCCCUACUUCCCUACCGGUUGACAGGCCUGUCAGCGUUUCCGCGUUGCUUUCGGGCUAUGUGGAGCUCUCCCAGCCCGCGACUACUCGCGAUCUUCGGAUCCUCCUAUCCGUCAAGUCCUCAGACGCAACGAAAGUUGCUCUCGACAGUAUUCAGGCGUCAUACUCGGAGAAGGUUCUGGGCAAGCGCAUCAGCGUCCUUGACAUUCUUGAGGAACAUCCCGACAUUCAGCUACCCUUCGGCACCUAUCUCGAGAUGCUCCCCGCCAUGCGCGUCCGACAGUACUCCAUCUCCUCCUCCCCUAUUCACAAUCCCCAACGCCCAACGCUUACAGUCAGUGUCGUCGAGGCCCCGGCACUGUCAGGAAAGGCGGAACCUUUCUUCGGCGUCGCUUCCAACUUCCUUGCAGGGCUUCGCGCGGGUGACGUUGUUCAACUCGCCGUGCGUGCCGCGUCAGCAGCUUUCCACCCGCCCGAGGACCCCAAGAUCCCUAUGGUUAUGUUCGCGACAGGGUCAGGCUUGUCGCCUAUGCGCGGUUUCCUGCAGGAACGAGCGGUGCAGAAGCAAGCUGGUAGAGAAGUCGCGAAGUCGCUUCUGUUCUUCGGUUGCCGCUCGCCGCAGGAGGAUUACCUGUAUGGAGACUCAGACCUCAAGGAGUGGCAGGAGCUGGGCAUCGUCGACGUCCGACCGGCAUUCUCGAGGAGUCCCGAGGUUUCUCUUGGUUUCAAAUAUAUUCAAGAUCGCGUUUGGCACGAUCGUCUGGACGUUCGAAACUAUUUCGACAACCUGGGUGCUAAGUUCUUCACCUGUGGGUCUGGAAAGGUUGCUCAGGGGAUCAAGAAGGUGCUUACGGACAUUAUCAAAGAGGCUCGUGUAUGCACAGACGAGGACGCCGCGGCUUUAUUCGAGCGCGCCAUCCAGGGUCGUUAUGCCACCGACGUUUUUGAGUAA